UUGGGAUUCAAGGAUUGUUUUAUGUAUAGAGAAAAUGUCAAAAGGGGUUAUUCCCAGGAAAUUUCUUUGUAUUUCUUGUGUUUUCUCGGUGAGCAUUUAAAGAUCAGACAUUUGGCUUUCUUGUCAUUUUCUAACCAAACCCAGAUAAGCUUUUCUUGUGAUUUGACAAAAAAUGGCGGAAGAGAAGUGUGUGAUUGCCAAAGAUGUUACUGAAUUGAUUGGUAACACACCAUUGGUGUAUCUCAACCGUAUUGUGGAUGGCUGUGUGGCUCGAAUUGCUGCCAAGCUGGAGAUGAUGGAACCCUGCUCUAGUGUAAAAGAUAGGAUCGGAUAUAGUAUGAUUGCAGAUGCAGAGAAGAAGGGUCUCAUUUCUCCGGGAGAGAGUGUUCUGAUUGAGCCUACCAGUGGUAAUACUGGCAUAGGGUUGGCGUUCAUGGCAGCGGCCAAGGGUUACAAACUUAUUAUUACAAUGCCAUCUUCAAUGAGUCUUGAGAGAAGAAUGGUUCUCCGAGGUUUUGGAGCUGAGCUUGUUCUCACUGAUCCAGCUAGGGGCAUGAAAGGGGCUGUUCAGAAGGCAGAAGAGAUAAGGGAUAAGACACCCAAUUCCUUUAUUCUUCAGCAAUUUGAAAACCCUGCCAACCCAAAGGUCCACUAUGAGACUACUGGACCAGAGAUCUGGAAAGGGACAGGUGGGAAAGUUGAUGCCCUUGUUUCUGGUAUCGGGACUGGUGGUACGGUCACAGGUGCUGGAAAGUAUCUUAAAGAGCAGAACCCUGAUGUUAAGCUCUAUGGUGUAGAACCAGUAGAAAGUGCUAUAUUGUCUGGAGGGAAGCCAGGUCCUCACAAGAUUCAAGGAAUUGGUGCUGGCUUCAUCCCCGGAGUUUUGGAUGUGAACAUGCUUGAUGAUGUUGUUCAAAUAUCAAGUGAUGAAGCAAUUGAAACUGCCAAGCUUCUUGCACUGAAAGAAGGAUUGUUGGUUGGGAUAUCAUCUGGUGCCGCUGCUGCUGCUGCAAUUAAGAUAGCAAAGAGGCCAGAAAAUGCUGGAAAACUUAUUGUGGUUGUUUUCCCCAGCUUUGGAGAGCGUUACCUCUCGUCUGUGCUGUUUGAAUCAAUUAAAAAGGAGGCAGAAAGUAUGACAUUUGAGCCUUGAAGCAUUCCCCAAGUCCAAAAGGUGCCAAAUCUGUAUUCUACGCUAAUGGCGUCCGAAGAUUGAAGCGGAGAAAACACUUUUCAAGUUACGGUUUUAUUUGGUUUGGAUGUUUUUGCUUCUUCAUGUUUUAUAAAUAAAUAGUUAGAAAUAACCCUUUAAGGCUUCACAGCUUGUGUAAAAUCUUAGGAAAAAGGUGAACUCAGAACUGUGGAGUCUUUUGUUGCUAUCAAAUAUGAAUAAAGAAUGGCUUGUGAUAUUCUAGUAAA